AUGCUUGAUGAGACGGCCGCUCAUGUUCUCGGCGGUGGCAUUGGUGGAACAGUAGGUGCAAUAUGUACGUGUCCUCUGGAAUUAGUCAAGACACGUUUUCAGUCUUCCCAAGGCAAUUCAAUCUCUGGGUCUUGUAGUUCUCGACCUCCAUCCUCUGCUACGAUGAAUUUAGCAUCAUCGUCUGUUCUUAUCCGUUCUGCCCAAACUGCUGCAAUAACCACCCAGCCCUCUGCUAAAUUCGAUGUUACUCGUAUUCCGACUAAUUUACCUCACAAAAGCAUAUCAUUUUCGCCCCAAUUCUGCAAGGACUUUCUUCUUAGAUCAAAAAUUAUCCAAUGUAUGCGUGAUGUUUGUCGUACGGAAGGUUAUCGGGCCUUAUUCAAGGGACUUGUACCUACUCUGGUUGGUGUCUUGCCAUCAAGGUGUAUAUACUUUUGUGCAUAUCACGAAGGCCAAAAAUUCUUCCAACAGUACUUUCCAGAGGGACAUUCUGCUGUGUUCAUGCUUGCCGCUGGAUGUGGAAGCAUCACGGCCUCCACAGUCACAAAUCCCAUUUGGUAUAUCAAAACUCGACUGCAAUUGGACUCAAGACCCAAAGCCGCGCCUGUAACCGUUUGGGACAUAAUUAAGUCCACUUAUCGUGAAUACGGUCUCCGUGGUUUCUACCGUGGAAUUAGUGCUUCCUAUAUUGGCUCCCUCGAAACAGCCCUUAACUUCGUUGUGUACGAGCACGUGAAGGGUACUCUGCUCUUCUGGGGCCAAAAACGCAAUCGACAAACAGAGAUGGCUGCCAUUGCUGCGGAGGAUGGUGUUGGGAAUUGGGAGGAAUGUGCCAAUGGGGAGGUUGAUGAAAGUGGGCAAUGUUUCCGGGGCUCUCAGGGUGGGUCCAAACUCAGUGCCAAUAGUGAUAUGAUCAUCUGUAUGGGUGCUAGUGCCCUCUCAAAAUUCGUGGCUAUCACUGCGUCCUAUCCGCAUGUCUUCAUUUUCCGACACAUUUUGCUCUCAUUCAUCUGUUGA